ACAACCUUAUACAAUUCCAUUCCCUCACUCACACUCUUCUCAUCUCCCUCCAUAAAAUGCAUGUCAAAUCUUGUCACUAUAAUUCAAGUCGUUCUCCAACGUCCAAAGCCUCUCUCUCUCUCCCUCUAAAAUUCAAGUCAUUCUCCAACGUCCAAAGCCUCUCUCUCUCUCCCUCUCCCUCUCUCCUCCUUGUUUCUCUUCCAUACAAAUGGCUGCAACCACCUCACCGGAAGUGUUACUUGACGUCCUUCCAUACCUCCGAGUCCUCAAAGAUGGCACAAUCGACAGACUCGCCGGAACCCAAGUCGCUCCUCCCGGCCUCGAUCCACAAACCGGAGUUUUAUCCAAAGACAUCGUCAUCUUCCCCAAGACUGGCGUGUCUGCCCGACUUUACCGACCCAGCACCGCCAAACCCGGCCAUAAACUUCCCUUCAUCAUAUACUUCCACGGUGGAGCCUUCUGCAUAGCUUCCGCUGGCGAGCCGCUUUACCACACCAGCCUCAACAACCUUGUUGUGGAAGCCAACGCCAUAGGGGUUUCAGUAAACUACAGAUUAGCACCUGAGCACCCGCUCCCCACCGCUUACGAAGACUGCUGGGCCGCCCUUAACUGGGUUUUCAACGGUGGCACAGGUCGUGAUUCAUGGGUCAAGGACCACGUCGAUUUCGAGCGCGUGUUUUUGGUCGGAGACAGCGCAGGGGCUAACAUUGCACACCACUUGGCCUUACGGAUCAAGCCCUCCGAUCCGGAUCCGAAAUUGAAGAUAGCCGGGAUUGGUAUGAUCAAUCCAUACUUUUGGGGGAAGGAGCCAAUUGGUGGGGAGGUGGGGGAUUUCGUGAGGAAGUCCAUGGUGGACACGUGGUGGAAUUUCGUUUGCCCGUCGGAGGAAGGCUGCGACGACCCGCUUAUCAACCCGUUUGUGGGCGGAUCGCCGGGGUUGGAGGGGUUGGCUUGUGACAAAAUACUUGUUUUGGUGGCAGGAAAAGAUAUAUUGAGGGAUAGAGGGAUGCUUUACUAUGAUGAGUUGGUGAAGAGCAAAUGGGGAGGGAGGAAGGAGUUGAUUGAAACACAAGGGGAGGAUCAUGUUUUUCAUAUCUUUAAUCCCAAUUGUGACAAGGCCAAGAUCUUGAUUAGGAAUUUGGGUAAGUUCAUUAAUCAAGAUUAGUGGAGAAUUUGUUUUAGUUUGUGUUUGUGGAAAAUGUUGUUAUGUGGGAAAAUGACAAGUGAGGGGCCAUUUUCAAUGGUGGCAUUCCUUUGUCAAUGUUUGAAACUUCUUCUUGUUGUUUUUAUUUUAUUUGUAACGUGAUUUACCUUGUUGAUAUAUGAUAUGAAAUAAAGAAAAGCUAUUUUCAAUAGGAU